AGUGAUUAGGAGAGUUUGCACAACAGUGGAUCAUCAGCAGACAUCCGAGACUUGCGUUCCUGAGAGACACACACCUGUCGAGCUGCAGCAACGACUUCUACUUUCUGAAUUUCAUCGAGGCAGUCGGUUGACAAUUCAGAAAUGACGGACGCUCUUAUUCCCAAUGGUUGCAAGACCAACGGACCGGUGGAGAGUGGCUACUUCAAAAAGGGAUGUAAUCCAUUUGCUCAGACAGGCCGCAGCCAGCUGCAGAAUAAAAGAGCAGUUCUCAAUCAAAAAAUCAUCAAGCAGAUGAGGAUGAGAGCUGGAGCAGAGAACCUUCUCAAGGCGACAUCCAAUAAUAAGGUUCGGGAGCAGGUGGUGCUGGAGUUGAGUUAUGUCAACUCAGAUCUGCAGCUUCUUAUGGAGCAGCUGGAAGGUCUCAACAGCUCUGUGGAAGUUUAUCAGAACGUACAAUUUCACAGAGAGACAUCCAGCAUCCCACUCAUCCCUCUGGGACUGAAGGAGACAAAAGAUGUGGAUUUCUCAGUUGCUCUCAAGGACUUCAUCCUGGAACAUUACAGUGAAGACGGCUCAAACUUUCAGGAUGAGAUUGAUGACCUGAUGGACCUGAGACAGGCCUGUCGGACCCCCAGUCGUAAUUCUUCUGGCGUAGAUUUGCUUGCCAACUACUUCAGUCAACUUACCUUCUUAGAGACUCGAUUCUUCUCUCCUACACGCCAGAUUGGCAUUUUCUUUACAUGGUAUGACUCUUUUACCGGUGUGCCUGUGUGCCAGCAGAACAUCUCUCUGGAGAAAGCCAGCAUACUCUUCAACAUGGCAGCUCUGUACUCCCAGAUUGGAGCCCGCGCUGACAGACAGACACAAGCUGGACUCGAGGACGCCAUCGCUGCCUUCCAGAAAUCUGCAGGUGUGCUGCACUACCUGAAGGAGACAUUUACACACACUCCCAGUUAUGAUAUGAGCCCUGCUAUGCUGAGCAUGUUGAUCCGGCUGAUGCUAGCACAGGCGCAGGAGUGUUUGUUUGAGCAGAUUACUCUUCCAGGAAUCCGAAAUGAGUUCUUCAGCCUGCUCAGAAUAGCCCAAGAGGCUGCCAAGGUUGGGGAGACCUACAAUGAAGUUCACCAGUCCAUGAUCCAGACCCCCAUUAGGAACAACGUGCCCUUUUUCUGGACCACCAUGUCAGAGCUGAAGACCAAUCACUACAACUCUCUUGCCCAUUACUUUGUCUCCACUGCUCUGCUGGACCACCAGUUGACACCCAGUGAUGAUGAGGACAAGCAAGAGAAGGCUCUGUCACAAGUGUAUGAUGCCAUGCCAGAGGGACGCUCUCCUUUUGACAUCCUGAAGGAUAAGGAUGAGAGGAGGCGGAUAGGUAAAGCUCAUCUGCAGCGCUCCAUCAUGGGACACGAAGAGGCCAUCCGCACACAUUCUCGCUGUCGACACCUGCAAAAACUGGACAUCCUGAGUGACAUCCUGCAAGCUGGCCUCAAACGCUCUCUUACUAAGUUUGAACAAAACGACAAGGAAGAGGAGUUCACAGACUACAUGCUUGCACCAGAUAUCAUCUCUAAAACAGAAAAGAAAGCUGAGAUGGAGAUUCCAACUGCCACCAAGGUGAAAGUCAAAGACCUAUUCCAGCGGCUGGGGCCUUUGUCAGUGUUUUCAGCAAAGCAGAGAUGGUCAGCCCCGCGAACCAUCAGACUGAGACUUCAGGACAGAGACCUCGGAUUCACUUUGAAGGGAGACGCACCCAUUCAGAUACAGUCACUGGAUCCCCUUUGUCCCGCAGCGGCUGAAGGGCUGAAAGAAGGAGAUUACCUUGUUGCUGUGGGCGACACCGAGUGUAAAUGGCUGGGAGUGAGUGAUGUUAUGAAGCUUUUGAAGGAUGUGGAUGAAGAGGGCGUCGAUAUCAGAGUGGUCAGCAUGUUGGAUAGCAGCAGCCAACCAAUGCCCACCAAGAGCGCGACGUACGGCGGUCUGCCGAAGACUUACUCCAUGAUCUGCCUGGCACAUGACGAGGAUGAUAAGAAGUCCCGCAAGGUAGCAAAAAAACCAUCGUUCCUCAGCUGGGGUCUCAAGAACAAGCAGAAGAGCGGCAGUACGCUGAGUCUGCCCAAUGCGGAUUACAACGGAGCCUGGAACCGACCCUGCCCUACCUAUCCCAACUCGUAUAACGAAAGCGCCCUCUACUAAACACACAAAACUGGAUUUCUAUUUACACUGAAGGUGUAACAACACAAUAUGUCACGAGAAAUGAGAGGGAUUUUUUUAGAAAGAUUGAAAUCAAUUACAGAUGAAAAUGUACAUUUUGCACAGAACUACAGUAUAAACACAAGUGUAAGCUAUACUUUUAUUCCUUCAUUUAGUUUGGUCGUCUAGAAAAUCUCACCAAUAAAUUAAAGGAGAAAAUUGUGUUUUAACCAAUCAGUAGAUAAAAACACAGUGUAUGCUGCUCAGAGUAUUUUUAUUAUUAUUAUUAUUAUUAUUAUUAUUUGUUUGUUUUAUUAUCCUUGUACUGAAUGGUUAAAUGGUGUGAUGAAGGAUUUUUUUGUUUUUUGGUGGCGCAGACAGGCAUCCUCCUCAAAGCCUGUAGCUGACAUACAGACCAAUACAACAGGGUUCUGUGAUAUUACGUCUUCGCAGUGGAAUUCAAUCACUGUAGAAGAACAACAAAAUGUAGAGGAGGACAGUGAAUAGCUUUUGCCCAGGGAAUGUCUAUACAAUAAUACUAUUUUGUGUAACUCAAGCAUUUACAUACACUGAAGGGAAAUACCAUGAUAGUUGUCCACAGCCUAAAGGUUUCAAGCAAGAAGGAUAAAGAAAUAUAGCAGUGAAUACAAAUGCCAUUCUUAUUUAACCUUUGUUCCAUGUGUUUUACCUAGCACUUCUUCAGUGUUGGAAUAUUUCACUGUCUACAAAGUAGAUUUUUUUUUUAUACACAUUUGAUAAUCAAAUAAUUUAUAUGCAAAAUAAAGAGAAAAAAUAUCUAUAUAAACGUAUGUAUUCAUUUGAAGUAUUAGAAGUAUUUAGGAUUUGUAUUGUGAAACUGUAGCCUGAUGUAUAUAAUCAUGGGUUGUUUUUGGCUACAUAUUUCUUUCUGUUACUUGGUGUAUGUUCUUCUCUUUUGUAUUGCGUAGCUCAAAAGGUAAAAUGGCUAUUUUUUUUUUUUUCAUCUUUUUCACAUAUAUUUAACUUUUCAUGUACUUGUAGAGAACACUGCCUCUCAGAAGCCUUUAAAAUGCCUUACCGCAGUCUACACUGACAAACAUUUAACUGUGGAUCUCCGCUCCUCGCUUGUAAAUACUUUAUUAAUGUCAAUGAAUGUAUUUUACACAUUUAUGUUUCUGCAAGUGCCACAUUGAGAAUUAAAAUGGCAAACACUGUUUCGAGAGAAUGUUGACAUUGCAAGGUUACAUAUUAAUGAUUCUUUGAAAAAGCUGAUGUUCACGGUCCAGAAUCUGCAUCAUUGCUCUAAAUUCUAACUUUGCUACAAAAGGUAAAGCGGACCUCUAGUUUAUUUGCUUUUGUGUCGACACUUUGUGGACCGCCGUAGUGAUAAGGAAAUGUCUGGACUGUGAUGUCUGUCUGAAAUGUACAUUGUUGCCUAUUUUUGUUGUACAAGUAAAUCUCGAUCUAAAUAAAAUAAGGGGUCAAACAGUGGCUGUUUUUAUUGUG